AAGCAAGUUAUUAAAAGUAGAGAGAAAAAAAGAGCUUGGUCUUGUAAUCUCCGGUUCUCCAUUUUUCUUCAACAGAGAGAGAUUCAGGUGCCAUUGUUUGAUAAAAAUUAGCGGACAUUUAAGUGGAAGCAGUAUGAGUUUCACUGGGCCUUCCAUGGGUUCUGUUGCAGGAACUGCUCGAAGGGCAUUUGAGUUUGGACAGACUUACGUGGUGAAGCCUAAAGGUAAACACCAGGCAACUAUUGUCUGGCUGCAUGGCCUUGGGGACAAUGGUUCGAGCUGGUCCAACCUCUUGGAGACCCUUCCUCUUCCAAAUAUUAAAUGGAUUUGCCCAACUGCCCCCCAACGACCAAUAACUUUAUUUGGAGGGUUUCCUUCCACUGCCUGGUUUGAUGUUAAUGAUCUUUCUGAAAAUGCUAUUGAUGAUGAUGAGGGUCUGGAUGCAUCAGCAUCAUAUGUGGCAAGUUUGCUGGCUACAGAGCCCCCUCACAUCAAACUUGGGGUCGGAGGCUUCAGCAUGGGCGCAGCAACCUCCCUUUACUCUGCCACUUGCUUCGUCCGUGGGAAGUAUGAGAAUGGCAACUCGUACGCUGUCAAUCUGAGUUCAGCGGUUGGAUUAAGUGGCUGGCUUCCCUGUGCAAAGACUCUUAGUAGCAAAUUAGAAGGGGUGGAGGGGGCUGUAAGCCGUGCUACAUCAUUGCCCAUUCUUCUUUGUCAUGGCAAAGGAGAUGAUGUUGUUCCAUAUAAAUUUGGUGAAAAGUCUUCCCAGAAGUUACGUUCAUGCGGAUUUCAAGAUGUGACGUUCAAAUCCUACACCGCACUUGGCCACUACACAAUCCCAGAGGAGAUGGAUGAAGUUUGUGCUUGGCUAACUUCAAAGUUGGGUCUUGAGGGGAAAUCAUAAGUUGCACUUCUAUUGGCAACUUUCAUAUGCACACUUAUUGCACAAAUAUGGAGAAUCUGCAUUAUCACUGUUAAAUGUGUUGAAGCACUGAAGAUUAGCAGAAACGCGUACUGACUGAUUCACCUUCUAAUAUUGUGUCUUUACAUUGUUCAGCAGUCAUUUUAUGCCUGCUGCUGUAUUAUCUGAUCAAGGGGACAACGAUGUUUUGGG